CACCUGGGAGGAUAAUUUUGUGAGCUUAAUUCUGGAUUUAUCUAUAUUGUUUGGGUUUGCAUAUCAUGGAUCAAACUCAGAUUGGGAGAUGGGAUAUUCAGAGUGGUGGCAUAUGCUGUGGCAAAUUGUGGAUUAAUUAAUGCACAAUUAGUUACUAUUGUGUGCAAAUGGUGCCCAUGUCUUAUCCUUGAUCCUUAUCUGCCCCUUUGUCUGUUAUCAGCUUGGUGCUGUGAUACCUACUGAACCUGGUGGGGCUUGCUUCUAUGUAAAAUGUAUGGCACUAAUGACUUGACAAUUCCAUUGAGCGGUCAGAGUUGAGCAGGAUGCUAGGCAGAAGAUGCAGGCUUAUUUGACAGCGGGCUUGGCUUGUCCUAUGAUCGGGAAGGAAGAAUAUUGAAGGGAGGCAAGCUGUGUAUCUCUCAAGACAGAAGAACUCAGGAACCUUCUCAAGGAAACCAGCUUGGCUUAGAAGAUGGAAAAAAUACUGAGAUGUUUGGCACACACCUAGUCACCGACCAAUCCCUUCACUCCCUCACUGACUCUGGAAUGUUCACAGGUACUGGCAAGAAGGAAUGCCAACUAGGCCCUAAUCUGAAGGACGAGUGUGCUCUGGAUUCUCUUAGUCUGAAGAAAGCAUCUCUCCAGAAUCUCGGUGCUGAAACAGAUCAUGCUUUGACUUCAUUCAGUGUAUCAUUUGGACAGCUUCCCAGUCCACGAAUUGCACGUCGUUCCUUGUAUCGCUACAGUCAGAAGCUGGAUUCUAAUCGCCGGAAGUCACUGCCACCUCUUCAGAUGGAUAUUUCAGAACUGAGCAAAGCAAUUAGCCUGGACUUGCCAGAGGCUGACAGAAUGACUGCACUUCUCCUGUCCAGCUUCCGGUACUGUGCCCAGAAACUGGAGCACUCCCUAAGGCAGACUGAAGGCUUUAAUCCUGAAACCUUUGAACAGAAUGUGAACUUGCUUUUGGAAGAGCUGAAGCUCUACACCGAGAAACUGAGACUAGAUGGAUCUCUGCAAAAAUGCUUUGAGGACCCCAAGGGGUGUUUAUCUGAUCCUGCAUUGAAUGCAUCCAUGGCAGCUUUUAAAGAGAUUAUGGCCAGGUUUUCUGCAGAAAAGCAAGCUUGGGAGGAACUGCUUCAUUCUUACCAGCAAAACGUUGAGGAAAUAGCCAGGCAGCUAGAUUUGUGCAGGUUGAAGCAAAUGCCAGAGGAGCCUGUCAGCUAUCCUGGGUCAUCUCAGGCCAAUGUACUUCAAACGAAGCCAGAUUAUAAGAAAAUAUUGGAUCGUCAGGGGGAGGUCUUCUUUUUCAUGGAGUGUGUGCUGGAUGAAUUCCAUCAGAUGGAGAAAGUUUGUCAAUCCUAUAUGGAAGAAGUUACACAGUAUCUUCAGAAGCAAUCAGCACAACUUGCAUCAAGGACUUUCCAGAGAUUGGAAAAAUCACCAGCCCGAAAACUGCUCAGGCCUCUCCAGACAAAGUCAUCUGUACCCCCACCUCCAGAGGGAUAAAAGUAGUUGCAUUCUUGCCACAUUUGCAGGCUUUGGAUCCAAUACCACUACUGCCCAGUUCCAUGCAGAUUUUCUGCUGUGGUUUCCUUUUUCCUGACAUGAACUACACUUCAAGGGCAACAGCAUUCUUCCCCAUAGCUUCCCAAGCUGGAAGAUAAAAAUACAUGUUCUCUAUUCUCUUGGUUAGCUCAUGCUUGACAUUGAAUACUUCCAUUUGACCAGUCAAGCAAGUGGCUCCCACUGAUCUCAUCCUGUAUAGCUUCAAUAGAGAACACUCAUCCUCUGUGGAACAGGCCUGGAGAUGACAGUAAUUCCUCGGAUUCAGAAGGCACAAAAUGUUAUCUGGUUUUCAUUAUCCUUUUGACAACCCAAACCUUCAUAUUAACAGGUCAUAACAGCCUACCUUGUUCUAUUUACCUUGAACAUCUGUGGCAGUGGUGAUGGUGGAUCACUUCCUGUAGGUAUAUCAUGAGAAGUUUGUGUGUGUGUGUGUGUGUAGGUGUAGUCAAACAUUUAGCUACGGAUUUAAAAAAUCAGUUUGGAACUGUUUUAUAUUUCUUCCCUCUCUGACUUUUGAAAACCUGAUGUGCAAAGUUGUAGGCAGCUAGUGGCAACUUUAAAAUUGGGCCUGGUUGCUGAAGAUGGCAGGAAGCUGAUUUCUUUUUCUAUUUAUGCUGGUGGAAAGAAAGGAUGGGAACAAAAGCACUCCAACAAGAACAGGCUCAUUCUUUGCAUUUCCUUUCUCCAUAUUGGCACUCAGUUUGUGGUCACUUUUGUAUCCUUGCCUAAGACAAACUGAAUCCUAUGUGCUUUCUUUUUUGUCUCAUACACUUAAUUUGAUGGGCUCUUGCCAUUUAAAAAUAAAUUUCUUAUAUGCAGAUGUUGUAGAA